AUGGUGUCCGUACUAACACAAAGAUCGCCGCACGAAGCAGAAAACCCAUUCGAGGCCAAUCUGCGGGAAUCCUUCUGUUCUAUCGAACCCAACCUCAGACCCCCUUUUCCCCUAACCAUCCCAACUCCCGACCAGUACUCGAAUCUCAACAGAGCAAUCCUUUACGGCAUUUUAACCGAGCCCAGUUUCUUCAAAGUCCACAUCAAGCACCUGCACGGCAUCGUCACCGACGGCUACGAGUAUUUCACCUGUUUGCUCGUCAGGCUCGUCACCAAAUCCUACGACAAGCUCGUGGGCCCCGCCAGGAGGCAGCUUGUCCUGGCGGCCCACGAGAUGGUGCGCGUCUCGGCCGUGGGGCUCGACUGCUUGCUGGUGGUCCUCUUGAGGCAGAUUUACGGUGGGGACUUCACCGAGGAGAAUUUGUGGCUGUGUCUGGAGAUGCUCCGUCUUCUCUCCGGCGACCGCGCCCUUCUGCUGGAGGAGCAGCCAUCGGUCUUAACUGGCGCUCUGUACGUGUUCUUGAGGUUGCUGGCAGAUCAUUGCAGGGCCUCUGGCGUGCCAAAGAUCGAGUCUUUAAGGAAAAUGGAGAUUGAGUUUUGUGUAAAAAUGCUGAGGGAGAAUUUCUCAUUGUGUUUAACUAUUGGGAAAGAUCUCGUUAGACUACUGCAGGAUUUGGUUCAUGUGCCCGAUUUUUGCGCUUUUUGGAGAGACCUAUUGUACAACCCGAGCUCCUUUGGAGUUGAUCGGUUUUCUGAUAUAUCGAUGAUUUAUAGUACUCAAACUCCUAAAUGGUACUUUUUGCUUAGAAUAACUCCUGAAAUGGAGUCUCGGUUGAGAUUCUUGAUGACCCGUGUGAAGUUCGGGAGCCAGAAGAGAUACCAAAUCUGGUUCGCGAAGAAAUUUCUUGCCGGGCCCGAAAAAAACUCGGUCAUAAUCGACAUUGUCAGAUUCAUAUGCUGUGCUCACCAUCCAUCUAACGAUAUUAUCCAUUCGGAUAUUAUCCCCAGAUGGGCUCUCCUAGGUUGGUUGCUUAAGUCGAGUAUGAAAAAUUACAUCGAGGCAAAUUCGAAACUUGCGUUGUUUUACGAUUGGCUGUUCUUUGAUGAGAAAGUGGAAAGUACUAUCAUGAAUGUGGAGCCAGCAAUUUUGUUGAUGGUGCACUCUUUGCCUAAAUACGCUGACAUCACGAAUUCGCUUCUCGAGUUUCUGUUCAUACUGUUGGAUGGGUAUGAUCUCGAGAGGAAGGAGCUUGUGGCUCGGGGGAUAUGUGGGGCCUUUCGUGCGCUUUUGAGGAAAGGUGUGGUUCAAUCGUACGAUGUUUUGAUCAGUUGUGAUAUGGUUUCGUCUGAUCUCAAGGAGAGACUCGUGAAGUUGCUCUCGGACUGUUGA